AUGGGGGGAGCGUUGGGCGGGGGUUGUGGCGCAGAGGUUGAUGGCGGAAUGGAUGUUAUACACACGGGGGCGAAGAUCAGCGCGUGCUUCGGGCAGAUAUGUUGCAGGAGCCGACGAGCGGUAGAGGUUGACAGGAAGUGUUCACAGUCGAAUAUGCCGACGGUGGCGAAGUUUUGAUGGACAGAGUUGGAAUAGGUCGGCACGCGGUGCGGUUGGUUGGACGAGCGCCAUGAUUGCGCGCCAGCAGCCGCAGGCUACCGCAGCAAUGCCCAGGAACUCGCGUGCACGCAUUCGCGGUUACUCACGGCCUACAGUACAUUUCGCCCGCGUCACCCCA